AUGUCGAUUUCUAAUCCCCCGAGCUAUGGUAUCCUCCACUUAUUCUCUACCCGCUCGCCCGCGUUGGCCACAAGACCCAGACUGGUAAACUUUGGGAAACUCCCGCGGCUGCGAAGCAGCGAAGGUGAACCGCGGGCGCCGACCGCGAGUCUGGCCAGCCCCUCGAACGACUCGUGGGACUCAAAGAAGCCCACGGACCAGUCAGACGAGGAGGAAGGGGCGCCGAGGGGACGCCGAGGCAGCCAGGUCGGCUUGAGGGAUGGAGAAACCGCUCCCAAAACCCAAGUGCUCGCGACGGGCUCCAAAUGA